GUCACUGCUCAGCAGUUCUGUAUGUACCUGCGCUUUGCAAACAGAAGCGGUGCGCGUUACCCUAAUGAACCCGGUGGAUUUGACUUGAGGAACGACAGAAACAGGGCAGUUUAAACAAUUAGCAAUGUCUCAUUAUUGCAUUGCAUGGAUUUGCGGAUUGUUCCUUUCCCCGUUUUUGAAGAGGUAACAGUAAAGGUGCAUACAUGACAACAUGGAUUGCCUUUUCCUUUUGCUCUGGAGUUUACAAGUCCCUCUGGCUUUGCAGUUCUGUUGCUUCCACUCUGUAACAUCGGUCUCAUUUACCGGCGACCCCGGCGUCCUCUAUCAAGAUUAUGAUUUUGCCACACCAGUGGAAGUGGACUCACUUGGAGGCUUCAUUUCCCACGAUGUGUCAAGACAUGGAAGGAGCAAGAGAUCCCUGUCAGAAGUUGGUGGUCCAGUGCAUUAUCAUGUCUCUGCAUUUGGCAAGGAAUUACACUUAGACCUGCAGCCAUCCCAUGUGCUGGCAGAGGGGUUUACCGUACAGACACUGGGUGCAGAGGGCAUCAAUACAGCCACCCUUGACCCUUCUAUUCAUAACUGUCUCUAUCAGGGUUCCAUCCGAAACCAUUCUGAAUCCUCUGUGGCUAUAUCCACCUGCACAGGUCUGUCAGGUCUGAUCCGGUUUUCCGGCGAGGAACUUCUCAUCACUCCAUAA